AUGACCGCCUCCAACCUUCCUGUCGUGGUCAUAGGAGCAGGUCCGACGGGGCUCAUGACUGCGCUCUGCCUCGCCAAGAGCGGUAUCCCGGUUCGCAUCCUGGAGAAGACGCACGAGUUCCAUCGCAUGUCGCGUGGGAGCGGCCUGCAUCCUCGGACGCUUGAGUAUCUUCACAUCCUCGGCCUGCUGGAAGACUUCGAACGCCUCAUCGUGGACAUGCCACCCGCGCGGGCGUACAAGCUCCCCGGUGGGACGGAGGUGGCUCGCGAAUGGGACAUUCUCGAGAAGCCAACGAAGACGCCCGACCGGCCUUAUGGCCUAGCCAUGAUCAGCCAGUUCCAGAACGAAGAUAUCCUACGCGAGCAUCUCGCUGCCCUCGGCAUCCGCCCAGAGAUGGGAUGUGAGCCGCAGUCGAUCGAGCAGAACGACACCGCUGUUGUCGUAACGGUGAGGAAGACCAACGCGGACGGAACCGCCGCCGGCGAAGAGAAGAUCCACGCAGCCUAUGUAGUGGGCGCUGAUGGAGCUAAAGGAAUGUCUAGGAAGACCAUCGGCGCAACGUUCGAAGGCAAGACGGUGGAUGAGGACGGCGGUGUCUGGUUCCAAGCAGACGUCGAGGGCGAUGGCUUGAGUUCAAACUAUUGGCAUAUGUGGAUCAUCCCAGGAAAAGCGACGGUCAUGCUGCGGCCCGAGGGCACCAACGGAGGCUUCCUGAUAGGUGUCGUUGGAAAGAACUUCGAUCCUGCGGAGGAACUGAUGGAUUACGACGCGGCCAUUGCCUUCUUCCGCGAGAACACUGGGCGCACCGAUUUGGUUUUCAGAAACAUGCACUCCCUGUUUCACUGGAAGCCGAAGAUGCUCAUGGUGAACAAGUACUCGGAGGGCCGAGUUUUCAUCGCAGGAGAUGCAGCGCACAUUCACUCACCCACUGGAGGCCAGGGCCUCAACACGUGCGUUGCUGACGGGAUCAACCUCGCAUGGAAGAUCGCCCUCGCGCACAAAGGCCUCGCGACAGCAGACCUGCUCACGUCGUACCACACCGAACGCCACCCCAUCGCCGCCGAGGUCAUCAGAAUCUCGAGCUCGCUCUACGUGCAAACAGUAGCCACGAGCGCGGAGGAUAUCAACGUCCCCGUCACCGCAGAGGAGUCCAAGAAGGGCGGUCUCAUUCGCUGGCGUGUCGCCGGGCUCUCGCAGCUCGAGAUCAACUACCGCUGGAGCCCCGUCGUCUACGACGCCCGCGGCCCCGCCGGCCUCAGCGAGGCCGAGAUGCGCGCGUACGCGUACACGGGCUACGGGCCCGGCGCGGAGGUGCGCGCGGGUGACCGCGCUCCUGAGGCACCUGGGCUGGUCGAUGCCGCGGGGAAGGCGACCUCUCUCUUCGCGAUCUUCAAGCCGGACGCGCACACUGUCUUGGUGUCGUGCGCCGACACCGGCGACGCGACGAUCGUGGACGUCGUCGACGCCGUCAAGGCUCUCCCGGCCGGCCUCGCUGUCCGAGUCGUCGCCAUCGGCUCGUCUGUAGUCCCGAACGUCGAGCGCGAAGUGGAGGGAGUCUAUCACGACGGGGCCGGCUGGUUUGGACGCGCGUACGGGCUCAUGGGUGGAGCUCCGCCUGUCGUCGUGGUGCGGCCGGACGGAUACAUCGGGGCGUUCGCCAACGACGCAGCUGGUCUUCGAGAGUACUUCUCCAAGAUCGUCGUGAUGUGA